AUUUACUGCUCUUGAGUAAGUGCGCCUGGUGCGUUCGGCGGCACUCGUCCCUACUAGCAGUCCUCUUUCGAGUCCGGAAGGAAAGCCACAGCUUCCUUGUUCCUCCAGGAGGAGAAAAAGGAGGCGGCCUCUUGAGUAACUCUGAUUAGCGCACCUUCCCCGGACGCAAGUGGCAAAGAUGCAUGUCAUCUCCCACCUGCAGCAGCCAACAGCAAGCUACUCCUCCUUGCUCGUCCGCGAUCUGAUCCCUGCGCAUCCCACGCUCCUUGCUGUCGUGCAGCACACCAAUGCCAUCUUUCUCGCUUUACCCUCGGGUAGUAACGCCGCCGACGACGGACAGGUUCUAAAAGAGGUUAUUCGGUUGGAGCUCAACGCCCGUAUCGUCGCGCUGCGCUCCAUUCCAGCGCCAGCAUCUCCGACCUCUUCGACAAGCGCCAACGAUGUAUCUCAUCUCUCCCGCCUCGCCAUCUUGACUGACCAUCACUCUCCACGCUUGCUCAUCGUGCGAUACGACCAGCACGUUCAUGGCAGUCAGCAGCGAUAUAACCCAUUCGUCACCGAAAGCGUUCUGCCGCUCGAUGAGAUCGCUCUACCAGCCGCUGAGCUGGGCAUAGGCCUUUUUCUCGAAGACUUGAUCGACAGCAUGGUCGCGCCAGCUGUGGCAGGAGCGGUAGGAGCACGAGCAGCUUCUCGCCACCCACCGUACAUCGCUUCGCACACACACUCGGGCUUGCUCAAAGUCGUGCCGCUCGCAUCGCCUGUAGAUGACGGGGAAGGAACGCAUGCGCAAGUACGGAGAAGCGCAAAGGGAAAGGACAGAGCGUCUUCGGGUAGCAGUAGCGCAGCCAAGAGUGGCCGCGCCAGCGCUGUGGGUCUGGGCCCUGUAUAUGAUCCCGCCGAGGCCAAGGUCGCCUUGACCAGAUCUGCGUUCAACGUUCGACUGCCGCAUCCGACCUUGGUCGCAUCCACCUUCCUUGACCGCCAAUCGACUUCAGGCUCGGGCCUGGCAGGCGGGCCUACGCUCGCGCUCCUCUCGCUCUCAUCUUCCACCUCUCGCAUCGCAGGUCUCGGCCCACAAUGUGUGCCUGUGCUGUCUUUCCACAGCAUUGAUGCCGAUGCAGAGCAGCUCGUCAAUGUCCCUUGGGGCCCAAAUCGCAAGGUGCCCCACCCGCCACAGCAGAACAGUGGUGCUAGCAAGCGAAAGCCGAGCGACGCGGCGUCUGCCGCCAAACCAGGCGGAAGCGCGCCGCCAGGUCACGGAAGCAGCGGCCUUGGCGGAAACGCCAAGAAACCCAAAGCCAAGUACGGCCCUUCUGCGACGGGCAGAACGAAGGAUGCAGCCGUCGUCGCAGCGGAGGAGGCGGAGCUUGCAUGCUCGACCCUCGCAAGGUCCCACGUGCCUUUGCCCAUUGUGGAUGCACUUGGUGCCCAUCACUUGAUUGCGGUACCCGCCGACUGGGGAGCGGGCGUCGUCGUAUUCUGCGAGGGUUGUCUGCUGUACGUUCCGCCACCACGGGCCGUUAGCUCAGAAAGUAGCGAUCAGCGCCGCACUUCAUCGAGAUUUUCCCAGGGGGCCGAGGGUGUAAGGCCGAUGAACGCUGCUAGCAGCAAAGUUAGUACAGGCGCUAGUGCAGCAAGUGCCCUCACCAUCUCACAGGAUGCUUCUAAGCGCAGGAAGGCAAGUUCCGGCAGCACAGGUGAGCCGAAAGAACAAGAUACAGCAUUCAGCCCUGCUAGCAUUGAGAACGAGAACCGCAAGCGUGCGCGCAGGAGCAACAGCGGUGCCCUUGCUCUGGAUGCCAAUGCCGAGCCCGGCGGGUCGGCUCUGUCCAUCUCGCCAGAGGUCUCCCAUUCUGGGCCGCUCUCAUCCCCAGCGAGUGCUAGGCGAAGCUCUGUGGGCAGCGGUAUGACUGCGACUGCAACUGGCUCGCGCAUGUCCGUGCUCAAAGUAAUCCUCAAGAUGCCGAUCAAGGUCGUCGCUGCUGCUGUCAUCGCCGAGCCUCGGUCCAGGGACGACGCCAAUGGAGCGGGAGAAUCUGGUACAAGCGGGCGCAUUGUCUACUGCACGCAUGCAGGUUCACUCGAGGUUGCCACCUUGCACUUUGCAGAAGACACCCUUCCCGGUUCUCAGCCGUUCCGUAUCUCUGUCCAGCAGCUCGGCCACGUCAGUAGACCCGGCGGACCUGAUGGCCUUUCCUACCUCGGCGAAGGGUUCGUGCACGUUGCCAGUUCCAGCGGCGACUCGAUGCUUGUUCAGAUUCGAGAUGCACCAAGAGAAGGAGGUGACGACGGCGCCGAUGGGGCAGAUGCAGUCAUGCAGACUUCUGCACUUGCCUCGUCUCCGCCAACGUCGCCUACGGCACCAUUUAUCAAUCUUUCCUUUGGCGGUGCAGCGAGAAAGUUGCAACUGGCCGAGGUGCGCCGCUGGCCACAGAUCGGGCCCAUUCUCGAUUUUGUCGUCGACGACGGCGCCGGAGGUGACGUGAGUGCCGGCAACGCUGUGCAAGCGCGCGUCAUCACCGCCAGCGGCACCGACUCGACUGGCAGUCUCCGCGUCAUCCGCAGCGGCGUCAGUGUCGACACGCUCGCGGAGAUCGAGCUCGAGCUCGACGCGACAGGCAUGUGGGCCGUUGAUGCGGACAACCAGGGUGGCAAGCUAUUCAUCCUUGAAACGAGGCAUGGUAGGCGCUUAUGGCUGCUUGACACCGAGGGACAGCUGCGCGACCAGACGCACCAUCUGCAAAAGGCAGGCAUUAGCGCUGGCGAUACCACGUUUGCAGUCAGCGGGCUUGCGGGUCAGGUAGGCGCAUUCAUUUUGGUCACUUCAGCCGCUGCGCAUCUGCUCUCUGCUGAAGGCGGAGAGAUCAGCGUCACAGCAUCGCACACUCCUGCAAAUAGCAUCACUGCCGCUUCGGCACAGACGGACGGCAGUGUCCUCCUCGCAACUAGCAAGUUGGAGCUCAUUCAUCUGCAGCUCGAGAACAAUCGCGCAUUCUCGACCAUUGCCAAGGUUUCCACCCCGUGUCCCGUCUCUUGCAUCCACUUGCAACCGUCCACCCAAGAGGGAGGAGCACUGGCCGCUGCGGGGCUGUGGGAGAGCAAUGCCGUCGAGCUGUAUCGCCUGCCUUCUCUGGAUGUGGUGACACCACCGUCGAUGGAUCUGUUGCCUCACGCUUCGCUGCCAAGGAGCGUGCUGCUGCAUCGAUUUGAGAGCAGACUGCAAGACGUGCCGAUCCACCUGUUCGUCGGUCUCGGCGAUGGAAGCAUUGUUCUCUACAUGCUUGUUCUGCCGAGAGCCGACUCGAUCAACCGAUCGAUCCGCGUCAUUGAGCGCAAGGAGGCAAGCCUUGGCAGUCAGAGCGUCUCGCUCUCGUCCGUCGCCGUUGCGGCUGGGGCUGGGGUGUUUGCCGCGUGCGAUCGGCCGACCAUCAUUGCGUCGGACCCGGGCCUGCAGGGUUCGCUGACCUAUAGCGCAGUGCAAGCGAGGGACGUCGUUGCCAUGUCGCAGCUCUCCGCCGUCGAGGAUGGUGAUCUGGUGUGCGUCGCUCUGCUAAGCGCUGACCGCCUGCAGAUUGCGCAGCUGGGCGAGGUGCAGAAGCUUGAUAUCACCAGGGUCGACUUGGGGCACGACGACCCGAUCGCGCUGGCGCGGCACCCGCAGGAGGCCUGUGUUGCCGUCGCCACCUGGCGCUUUCUCCCAUACGGCCGGCGCAGCAAGAUCGAUACCGUGCGUGGCUCGGUGAAGGUGUUCGACCAGGGCGACUUUGAGCUGCUUGAUACUGCUCUGCUGGAGGACAACGAGCGGCCGAACUGCGUGGAGGUGAUGCGGCUCGGCGACGGCGGCGACGAGGCGUUUGUCGUCGUUGGCACCGGCAUCAUUGACGAGAGGCAGAGCGAGACAGUCCAAGGCCGCAUUCUCGGAUUCAAGGUCAUCCCACGGCGAGGAGAGCGGAGCGGGCGCGCACUGAGGCUCGAGUUUGCGCACAGGGUCACUGGCAACGUGUAUGCGCUUGCGCAGGUCGGCGCGCGUGUCGCGGCAGCCAUUAACUCGGACGUGAGCGUGUUCGACUACGACGCUGGCGCUGUCGCUGUGCACCCGUCGGUGUUGGCAUCGGCGUCGCCGCCGGCGCGCUUGGCGAUUGCCGACUCGUGGGGCUGCGCGUUUGUGGCGUGCACAUUGUCGAGAGGGGCGUCGGCGAGCGAGCUGGUCGUGGGUGACGCGAUGCGCUCCAUGUGCGUUCUGCGCGUCGACGCGCGCGACGGUAGGAUCCACACGCUGGCGCGUGACUGCGACCCGUACUGGACGACGGCUGCAGCGGUGCUGGACGCGGAGGCACAGCAGUAUAUCGGCAGCGACAUUUCGUUCAACGUGUACAUUUCGGAGCGCGCGCGGCUCCCUGCGGCGACAGCAGCGCGGCGGCGCGCGCGGGCGCGGGAAGAGGGCGAGAGCGAGAGCGAGGAGGAUGGGUUCAGCCACGUCAUGCGGCGCGGGGGUGUGUGGCACUAUGGGGAUCUGAUCAACAAGUUCUGCGGUGAGACGCUGCUGCCACGCGCUACGUGCCCGGCCGAGGCAACGCCGCGGCUGCUGUUCGCCACGGCCGGCGGCGCGAUUGGCGUCGUGUCGCGCAUCGAGGACCGUGCGCAGGCGCAGCUGCUGAGCCGCGUCGAGCGCAACGUCGAGCGUGUCGUUCCGCCGCUCGGGGAUAUUUCGUACGAGGAAUGGCGCACGAUGCGCACAGAGCACCGUGUCGCGGCGCCUGCCGGCUUCCUGGAUGGGGACAUGCUGCAGCGCUUCCAGACCCAGCUUACGCGCGCGCAGCGCGAUGCUGUCCUUUGCAGCAGCAGCAGCGGUGGCGGCGAUGGCGUGGGUGAGGAGGGCGCGGACGUUGCUCGGGUCGCGCGGCUCGUCGAGAGCCUUGCGCGACUGUGUUGAGUUGCUGAGAGAGCGCCUCUGCUUGUUUUUUUUGGCUGCGUGUGCACAGGCAGCAGUGCUGCGCUACGAGAUUUGCAUGGAGCCCUGCCCGCUGGGGUUCCACGCUUGCAGCCUGAUCGAUGAGUGCCGCCGCUACACGUAGUAGUGUAGUAGUGCCACUACUGGGGAUGAGCUGUGCAAAAGUUGAAUCACACGGUGGGGGCGGGCGGUGAAAGGGUCCCGCCGACGCGCCAUGGCUAGGCACAGACGUUGACGCCAGACGCGGUGAGACUGUUCCUUGGCACACACUCUGCACAGCACUGUAUUACAUUGCACUGCACUGCACAGCCCAGUAUGUA